AUUCACUGGCAUGUGAAGUCACCUUCACCAUGUUUUCUGCCAUCCAAAACCUAGUUGUUGGUCGGCAAUUACUCUCAAUAGUCUCACAACGAACGAGAGCUGGUAGACCAUGUAACUCUCGUCCUUGCAUAAAUGUUUUUGGGAACGUUCAUCAUACUCAUGUGCAAUGGCGAAAGCUGAGUACAGCUGAAGCUGAGAAUAUCAAUGUCAGUCAUUCUCGUUUCCUAUCCGAGGCUUCUCCUGGUGAGAAAUGGAAAGACGGCGGAGAAGAGGGUGAUGGAGCAGAUAUCCAUGCGCCAGGAGAGGAUGAGCUGGUACCAAAUGGCAAAGGGAAGAUAUCACCAACGUCCUCGCAUCUCUUCAAACUUAUUCUCCCAUUCCAUCUGGCGUAUACAAAAGAGAAGGCUUCCACCGAUCCACCGACCGUAUUUCUCCUCCAUCCUUCUCAGCCUCUAUCACACGUUUCUCGCCUCAUACUUUCGUCUCUCCCCUCCACUGUUCUCUCAACACACCCACAUGCAACUGUAGCCUUCCAAAGCACCACUCCACGAGGGAACCGUUUUCAAUGGAGCGAAUCAACCGACGUCGGCGACUUCAUAAGAGACGCAGCUCGUUCAUCCGAGUUUCGCAUUGAGGUUAGACUCUCACAAGACCAAGAAACAUUCUUGAAACGUGAUGAAAAUUCCUCCAGCACAACGGAUUCAUUCGUUAUUCCAGUCACGAUCCCGCCGUUUGAUUCAAGGACGCGUUUCCUUCGUCGGAGGCUUACUGCGAUUGAACAAGAACUUGGUCAAAUGGAGGAAUUGAAGAAACAAUGUGAUAAGGAAGCACAUCGUGGAGCUCGUAGAAUGGCGGUGUCGGGAUUCGGUCUUCUUGUGGUGUAUUGGGGCACUGUUGCUCGGUUGACGUUCUGGGAUUAUGGCUGGGACGUCAUGGAACCUAUCACGUAUCUUUCAGGUCUCUCGACAGUAAUUCUAGGUUACCUUUGGUUUCUCUACCAGGGCCGAGAAGUAUCAUACUCUUCGGUCUUGUCUAGCUCUAUUUCAGCCCGACGACAUGCCUUAUACACUGCAAGAGGCCUAGAUAUUGAGCGUUGGCGGGACCUAGUCGAGGAGCGUAGAAAACUCAAGACGGAAAUUGAUCGUAUUCGUGGUGAGUACGACACAGACUCGCACGAUGAAAAGCAAGGUGAGGAGCGAGAGAGAGACGAAGAGCAUAGGGAAGUGAACAAACGUGAUCAGGAACGCUCGGACAGACAUCUGUAAUAGGUUAGGCCAGGAAGGACUCUGGGACUUCGCAUACACGCAUUUGGACUGUGGAAUAUAUCCUCGCAUUGACAUAGAGUACUCACGUAUUGUAGCAGAAUCAUGGCUGUAUCUAUACUCUCGCAUUAAGUAUUGCAUGAAUUUACGCUGAACUCACUAUUC